AUGAAUUACAAAGCUGCUGCCUGUAUUUCGGCCGUUUUGCUUUUACUAAACUGCAAAACUGCAAAAACCAGAUCAACCAAAAUUUCAGCAAACAAUCAAUUCAACGCCACCAUUGGAUUGUUAAAGAAUGAAUUUGAUUAUUUAAAUACUCAGAACGGAAGUGGCGUUGAGACCACCUGGACUAAUUUCCCCAAAGGUUUCGAAUUCCUCCGGGAAAAAUUAGAACAGGAAGAGAAAGCAAAAAAUGCAUUCACAACUGACAAGGAGGAGCACAUUUCCACAGAGGAGGAACUAACUGUCCAGGACGAACAAAUCAAAAACAACGCAGAAGCUUCCCAUGGAGAUAUAUUUAUGAAUAUCCCUCAAUGGGGAAACAAACCCAACAAUUUUGGACAAAAAAAGAGGCUAUGCAGAAUGUUAGCCGAAAAAAAACCACAACCUCCAGCUGGAGGUCUUAGGGGAAAAGCAGGCGCUAAGCCAACAUUAUUCAAGCCCCCCACGGGAUUAAAACCAGGAACGCCUUGGAGUCCUGCGUCACCGGCACCAAAAGGUGGUAGCAAAAAAGAAAAAGGUAGUGCAAAAUCAGAUGAUGAAGACGACGAAGAGGAGGAGGAGGACGAUGAUGAAGAUGGUGAUGGACAGGGUUUAUUUGGUGAAUAUGACCAAUUGCUCAGUGGCCUUGGUGCUGGAAAUCCCCUUUUACAAGGUUUUCUAGCUGCAACUAAUGGUGCAGGUGGUAUGGCUGGUGCGGCUGGUAUGGCUGGUGCAGCUGCUGCUGCUGCUACUGGGCUGAGUGGAAAUCAAAAAUUUCCUUCUUCUCGACAUGGGCUCCCAUGGGGUGGAAGAACGGAUUUCUUCAAAGGUAGACUUCAGUAUUCAUCCAAGGGUAUUAAAAGAACUGGUUGGGGUAAAUUUUGUUAUUUCUUCAAGAAUUUAUUGUGCUGUUUGUUUAUAUUUGCAACAAAAACGCCAAUGUUAGCUGGACCUUUGGGAGGUGUUUUGGACAACCCACUUGUUGGAAGUGUGAUAGAUUUAGUCAACGCUGGUAUGAUGAUGUGA